CAGGGAGCCGGGCAGCGGCGGCAGCGGCAGCAGCAGCACUCGGACCAGCUACUCCAGCCCCGCGCAGAAUGUUCCCGCUCCGAGUGUGGCUUCGCAGCAGAGCCCCAGCGUCCAGCCUCCUGCGGCCGGGUCCCCACAGCCUCUGGGACCAGCUGGUGGGGGACGUGCAGACGCACCUGGACGAGAUGGAGCGAAUGAGAUGCUCCCUCCUUCUGGCUUAUCCCCUUCUCUGCAGGGAGGGCGAGGGGAGCAGGACCCCGAGGCAGAGCAGCCAGUCCCUGGCUGAGGGUGCUGGGAAGGAGCCUGGGUCCCAGGCGCAGGGGAAGGAGACGUACCAGCUCUCCAUGGACGUGAGCGGCUUCUCCCCAGCUGAGCUGAUGGUGAGAGUGGACGGGAGGAAGCUGACGGUGACGGGGAAGCAUGAGAAGAAAACGGAGUCGGAGGCUGGAGUCUGCUCCCACGAGUACAGGGAGAUCCGCAGAGAAACUCUCCUGCCGGAAGACGUGAACGUGGAGGCCGUGCUCUGCUCCCUGUCCCAGGAUGGGCAGCUCUGCGUCGAGGCACCACAUCUGGCCCUGCCAGGGGCACAAGGGAGAGACAUUCCCAUCAGUGUCUGCCAGGGGGUGAAGGCAGGAGAAGGAAAACUGCCCACGGAGGGAAAGGAACCGGGGAGCAGCGAGAUGGAGACAGGAGGAGAGAGCGAGGCGACCAGCCCCAUAGAUUCCUGAAACCAGCCACCGACUCCAGUAACCCUGGGACUCUGUUUCAUUGAUUCCCCUCAGCCCAGCUAGAGCAGCGCUUGGUCUGGGUGUGAAUGGUCCUGAGCAUAUUCCUGGGCUGCCAGAAUCUCUCUGUAAGAGCAGUGACUGGGGGAUGCUCCAUUUCUCUGCUCUUUGUUUGUUUGUUUUUGUUAUAAUGUUUAUACUUGUUUGAAUUUGAAAAUUAAAUACCAACCUUUCUAGUAAAUACAAACCGUGCUGUCUGGUGAGCUCUGUCUGCUUGAUUCACCAUUUUGCGUUAUUUCUGGAAAUAAACUGCCAUUGUCCCAGCUCAGUUCUCAUCUCUCUCUGCAGAGACCCCUUUCAAUCUGCAAGGGAGGGAACAUGAUGGUUUUGAGAGUUCAGAGCUGUUGAUUGUAGGGUGCAGGUCUAAGAUAAGAGCAGAACAGCUGUGAUAAAGGGCCGGGUUGCUGU